GUAAGACACACUUUUGAAAUUCAGUUUUUUGCACUUGCAUCUAUGCUGUCAUGGUUUCCACCAGUGGCUUCCCACAAGAUCUCAUUUAGUGAGGGUGUAAAAGAUGAUUUGGAUCCAGUACCUGAUUUAUUUGUGGGCUCUAGUCAUCUCGCAGGUUGGGUUUGUUUGCAGUGACAUUCGCUUCUUGAAGCGCCAUGAGGGUGAAUCUGUAGUUCUUCCCUGUGAGACUGAACCGGGGAACCCAGCGCCCUACAGUGUCUACCUGAAACGCACCUGGCUGCAUCCCAUGGAAGUGCUGUUCAUGUACACCAAGGAGGAAUUCUCAACUGGUAAUGAUGCUGACAAAAACCGCACUAGUGUCAGUGGAGACCCGAGCCUUCGUGUGCUGAAUGUCACCAUCUCUCAGCUGAAGGCCAGUGACACAGACCGCUACUAUUGUGAGUUUGUUGUGGAAAAUCGGUCCUCCAAAGAUGACCGCAUAACCGGGAAGACUGAAUUCUUCCUCCUUGUUGGAGCUGAUGUCCCUGGAUCAGCAGACAUAGAGGUGAUAGAGACGUGUGCUGGGGGUUCAGCUGUGCUCCCCUGCCUCCCUCACCAUGGGGAAAGCUUGGCUGUGGAAGGGGUGGCUCUAAAGAGGCAGAAGGGCCGGGGACCUGUGGAGGUGCUGUACCACUCAAAGCAACGCCACAGCAGCAGAUAUUCUUCGUCCUCUCAGUUCCCUGUCGAGAGGGUCCAGUUGUCCUCUGCGCCUGGCCCCGGCGGCAUCACCUACAACCUUACCCUGCAGCAGCUGCAGCCAGAUGACAGUGCCCUGUACAGCUGCCAGCUGCUCCAGCGCGGUGAACCCGAUAGCUGUACCAGCCUAGGGAGACGAGUGUUCUUUAUAUCUGUGCAAGGUGGUCAGUGGUGUGGCUGCUCCAGUUACUCCUCUCUCCUGUACGCUUUGUCAUCAGCUGUGGGCCUUCUCCUCCUCCUGCUCCUCAUUGUAUUUGUGGUGAUGUAUAAAGGCAAAGGACGCCGCCGUGUGAAUACGCACCCUCAAGCCCCAAUCUACGAGGAGAUGAAGUCUCCCACGCGAAAAGGGGCCCCUCUCCAUCUGGAGGGAAUAGAGUGCUCUGAGUACAGAAACUGCCCAGCAAAGAGAUCCUCAUCCGAGAACCACUAUGAAAUCCCAAGAGCUCCUCUCACCAGCCCCAUGAACUAGAGCAAUUUGUCAGCUCAACUUGUCCAAACACCCCAGUUAACACACAGAACUUUUUUCAGUGUAUCUUAUAUCUUUUUAAUCUGGUCCAUAUUCCCAAUUUGUUUUUGUAUUUUGGCAUUUCUGUAAGUACUUCAUGAUAAAUGACAGGCAGCUUCUGCAGUGAUCAAACUUGGAUUUGGUGUAAAUAUUUCUUGGCCAUAAGUCUCAGUCUCCUUCAUCCUUUGUCAUUUUUUUUUUUUUUUUUUAAUCUGUUGUGAUAAAAUCCAUCUUGAAUGAAAUCCAAUGCUGGUUUGUCCUGACGCACAUGGAGGUGAGUCAUGACGGUUUGUACUGAUGUUUAUUCUGUUGCUAGGAUUUCAUCUGAUAUUUAAAGACCAAGUUUGCCAUCAUCUGUUUUUUUUGUCAUUGUUGA